CCGCGGCUUCCCCUGUCUCUUUCGCCUUUUUCCCCAUUUUAAGACUGCUCUCUCUCUCUCUCGUCCCCUCUCUCCGACGAUUUUCUGUUCAAUUCCUGAAACAGAGAAACGGUUUAAAGCGAAACGAACCUUCAAUCGGCAAUGAUGAUGAAUCGGACGGUUUCUGUUGUGCUUUUCUUCGCAAUGCUGGCGCUACAUCGGUCCCUGGCCGAAGAUUCUCCGACGGCUUCACCAGCGCCGGCACCGGUAACCGGAGCCGACGAUUUCUCUCCGCCGGCUCCAGCGCCUACUCCAGAUAGUCCCUCCAGGACUCCUCCACAGGAUGCUAGUUCUCCUCCGUCUCCUCCGCCCUCAGAUCUCGGCUCACCAGCGCCGUCACCGGCGGAUGCAAAUGCAUCCGCUCCGGCUUCGGAUUCUGAAGUUGCGAAAGAUGUGAGGCAGGCCAGUACGAGCGAGGAGAAGUCAUCAGGCAGGGGAAAGAAGGUGGGAAUAGCUCUCGGAGUGGUGGCCGGCGCGUGCGUCGUUGGACUGGGAGCGCUGGUUUACAAGAAGCGUCGGGAUAAUAUCCGGCGAUCUCAGUACGGACAAGACGCCCGCGGUUCAUUGCUCUAAAAUGCGUCCAAACUUUUGAUUGUGUAGCCGUUCUGUAAGUCAUCUAUACACAAAUCCUUUGCAUUGAUAGUUUGGUAGAUUUGCAUUUCUAUAGAUAUAUGGUUGUGUGAUUGUUCUGAGGGAGGAGGUAAUGAUUGUUUCGAUUCUUAUUACUGUUUUUUUUGAAAGGGAUUCUUAUUACUGUUAAUUCUUGUUACCAUAGUAAUAAUGUUGCCAUGUCAGAGGCCUCAUGAA